AUGUUAGUAGACUCUGAACUAGUGAGUAUUAAAGAAGCUCUCAAGAAGAAAGUAUGGUUGAAGGCCAUGAAAGAAAAAUUUGAGCUUCUGAAGAGAUUCGAGUUGCCGAAUUGUAAGGCUACUGACGCACCUCCAAAAACAAAUCACAAAUUGGAUUCUGAUUCUGAAGGUGAUGAUGUAGAUGCUACACAUUUCAAGCAGUUGGUUGGCUCUCUGAGAUAUUUAUGUAAUAUCAUACCUGAUAUUUGCUAUGCAGUUGGAAUGACUAGUAGGUUCAUGAGUAAACUGAAGUGGUCUCAUGAGUACUAUACUGGUUAUCCAAAGUAUCUUGGACCAUCACGGGUUGUUCAUUUCACCUCCGAGCGUGAGUUUGUCAAUCUCCUUCAUGAAGGGUUUCCCAUGGUUGUUGCUUUUACUAUCAGGGGGAAUUACACAGAACAUCUUGACAAAGUAUUAGAAGAAGCUGCUUCUGAGUUUUAUCCACAUGUAAAAUUUAUGCGUGUUGAGUGUCCAAAGUAUCCUGGGUUUUGUAUAAGUCGGAAGAAAAAGGAGUACUCAUUCAUGGGAAUAUUUCAUAGUCCAACACAUGUGGCUAACCAGGGUAGGGUAGCUGAUCCAAAUAUUACUAAAUACAAUGUGAAAGUCAUGCCUUUCAACUACGAUAUCAGUGUUUACGGGUUUAGAGAAAUCUUCAAGCGCUAUGGGAUCUGA